GCGCCGCCCCUCCCAAUUCCCAAAUCCUCUCCCCUAUAAAAUCCCACCCCAAAUCCCCCGCUCCACCGCACCAAACUCACCGCGGCGAAUUCGAAUCCACACCACCACUAGAGUCUUCCUUCCUCUUCGGCGGCGAUGUCUGGGCGCGGAAAGGGCGGCAAGGGGCUGGGCAAGGGCGGCGCGAAGCGCCACCGCAAGGUCCUCCGCGACAACAUCCAGGGGAUCACGAAGCCGGCGAUCCGAAGGCUGGCGAGGAGGGGCGGCGUGAAGCGCAUCUCCGGGCUCAUCUACGAGGAGACCCGCGGCGUGCUAAAGAUCUUCCUCGAGAACGUCAUCCGCGACGCCGUCACCUACACCGAGCAUGCCCGCCGCAAGACCGUCACCGCCAUGGACGUCGUUUACGCGCUCAAGCGCCAGGGCCGCACCCUCUACGGAUUCGGCGGCUGAUCGUGCGCCUCUUCUCCGUUGCCGUCUGCAGCUGCUGCUCGUUCCAUCUUACUCCGUCCUUUGGGUUCCUUGUGCCGUGCUUUCCUUGAUGUAGAGAGUUCUCAGAUUCUUAGGUCUCUGCUGUGUGUCUCGUUAUUACGUGGAAUCAUGUGUCCCUAAUAGUGCUGAAAGUUCAACACCCAGUUGUAUCUUCCUUUGCAGCAAUGAAAUGUUAACUCUGAAUGGCUAUUAUUCCUCUUGUGGUUUUGGAA